CCGGAGCGCUUCGGCGUCCCGCGCCGCGAUGCUUCUCCUCGGCGGCAAAGCAUAUUCCACUGCGCUUGUGCCCUCCCUCCGCUCCCCACCUUGCCAUUCGCCGCGCCUAACCCCGCUCCCCCGUCUCCGCCUCCGACCUCACCGCCGGUCAGUCUCAGCCCGUAUGGACCCCGCCGACCAGUCGCCGGAGGAGGUGUACUCUGUGUGGGCAAUCCCGCCGGCUCCCGUCCGCGACCGCCUCCGCCGCAUCAUGGAGGGCCUCCGCGCCGCGCACGGCGGCCCGGCCUUCGAGCCGCACGCGACCGUCGUCGGAGACUUCCGCAGCCGCCGCUCGGCAGCCGUCGAGGUUCUACGCGCCGCCGCCGCCGGCGUCCAACCCUACACCGCCCGCGUCACGGGGGUCGCCCGCGGCACCUUCUUCUACCAGUGUGUCUACCUCCUCCUGGAGCCCACCCCCGAGGUGGUGGCAGCGAGUGAUCACUGCUGUGGACACUUCGGUUACCAGAGAAAGACUCCAUACAUGCCGCAUGUUAGCCUCUUAUAUGGAGACCUGACAGAUGAGGAGAAGGAGGAGGCAAGGAAGAUGGUAGAGGAGCUGGACAAGGAUAUCUGUGGAUUGGAGUUUGAGAUCUCUGAUCUUGCUCUCUAUAGAACAGACACUGCAGAUAAAAGCUUGGAGUCAUGGGAGUUGGUGGAGGUGUGCCAUCUUGAAAAGAAUUGAUUAGUUUCCUCUCCAUGGUGAUUCUGCUGCAAGUCAAGUUGAGAAUUCUGGUGUAUGGUCUCUACUCAUCCCUAAACCUUCUUCCACCAGACCCAGCUUCCCUUUGACAGUUGAAGUAUGUAGCGGUGGCAAUAUUGAGGUGAUAUUGCCGUGCAAAGCUUCUGCAGUUGAAGUUGUGGCGCAUUUCUGGUGCAAAAACUGUGCCCCUUCCAAGUUGCCGGAACAGCACAAACACCAUCCUGUGGAUACCAGAUCUUGGCUCUGGGCUCUCAUAAAAUACUAGCUCUUGGCCUGCAAGAGCAUCCCGACAUUAUCUACUGAAGAGUUUAAGGAGCAUUAAACUGGUUGGAAACAAUGUAUGUUGUAAUGCUGUUUACUCUUUCUAGAUAAAUAUAAAUCUUUUAGAUAUAGGUCUGCUUACUUGAGACAAAUAGAGCUGUUUUAUUUCCAUUAUCUGUUUGUUUCAAAGUCUCAGGCAAAACCAAGUAUGGCAAAACUCUAUAUAUACUCAAAAUCUAGAACAUUCAGAACUUUAAGAUGACAACUGUAAAUAAAAAUACACUGUGAACUACUUGCAAUUUGAACCUAGCUCUGCUGAAAUGUGUCCUCAAGGUUAUCAACCAAUUAAAGGACCAACAGGGGCUUUGUUAAGCAUAUUUAUGCCAGUUUACACUAGUUCAUGUUUAAUAUUAAGAUAUCCUGAAUCUGAUAAUGGCCUAGAUCGAAAUUGAAUUCUACCUCAUUUCUCUAUUAGUUAUGUUACUAAAUUAGUGGCAUUUGUCAUAUUAUUGUGCAUGUUAUAAUUUGUGGGUUCCCAUUGUGUCACCAUGUAAGCACUAAGCUGGCAUAGUACUUUCAUAUAACAAGUUGGUCUAAUAUUUGGUUUAUGGUUGCUGAUUUCUUGAAUCAAAUGCAUCCUAAUCUGCUUCAAUUCAGUGAUAGUCAACAGGUAUGAGGAGACUGAAACCUGUGCUCCACAUCUGCAAAAAUUCAGCCAAAAUGAAAUGGAAUGACAAAUCACUAUAUGCAUUCAUACCAAAGCCGACGUUAGUUGUUUCAGGAAUAUCUGUCACCAUCCUACACAAGAAUGAAGCAUUAUCUUAAUAAGGCAAACUAAAAGGAACCAAAUCUUGAAAGAGUGGAAUAUGUUGCACUUGAUUUACCAGUGCAAGUACUCCCUUAGUGAGGGAUGGCUUGGAUUUGGGGCAUCCGGGUCAAUCAGUACCUUCAAGUCAAAGACAAACACGUUAGCAUAUAGACGUGUGAGAUAUACUGCAAACUUUAAGGCCUUUUGUUCCUAUUAAAUUUAUUGAGAAUCAUACUGAUAAAUCUUCUGCAAUGUGCAUAAUACUUUUAUUUGUUAAUAACAAAAGGAUUGGCAUACAUUCUCCCAUUUGGUAGCAUAUAUCUAUAAAUCACUUAGCUCACCAGGGUGUAGAAAGUCCUCAUGUCAUUGCCACCAAUAUCAACUCGUGGUUUACUUGCAACCGCAGAUGGCUUUAGCUCAGCACCUGACAGAAGGAGCCUGUUCUUGUAUGUUAUUCUGAGUGGAACGGUUGGUGUAAAGGUAUCCAACACAUCCUGUAUGACAUAAGCCAUAACCAAAGGAUCGAUUGAAUGUUGUUGCUAGUGUUAGAACUCUGAACUACCUCUCUAUGGACCUGGGGGGAGCUGCAGUCUGAGCGUGAACUAUUUAUAUCCGAGUUGAGGUAGGCUGUCUUAUUCACCUUUCUAAGAGAUACCAGUCUCAUGCCAUGCAUCAUCAGGGGCAGAGCCAGGGCAGGUGCUGCCAGUACUGCAGCAUCCUUCGGUCCAUUUAUGCUCAAGCAAACUUUAUGAUUUAGAAUAGUGUGCAGCCUAAAUUUGAGAACUUGUAGUGCCCAUGCAGCCGAAAUACAAGCACCGGUCUUUAUGUGUUCUGGGUUCUGCAACUGUUCAUCGCCCAGAUAGCUGAAUCGUGUAUCGUACUUGCCUAUUAAAGCAUGAUCUCCUCUGUGGAGUAACCAGGUAGUAUAAUUUUUCAAUUUGUAUGCUUUAACAACUUAUUUAUUAGCAUCACUGGGAUUUGCUGGAGCAAAGCAUGUGAACUACUGGCAACCUUUAUUGCAACCAGCUGUAGCAGUGCUGAACAUUGAGGUGCAUUUAGCAUGUUCUAUUUUCCUUGCAACAGCAUAUCAGGUUAGAUAUCUAACCACUUUUAUUUUGUUUCUCUUUUCAUCUUAUCUGAAAUUGUGCUGAUGAAUAACUUACAGCAUUUGUUGUUACACGCAAACACCAUACACCAGCGUUGAGUUGCAUUUCCACCCAUUGAGAACUCGUGCUGUACAGAAGAUCUAGGGGAUUUAUACCAUGUAAAUUUAGGGAUCACAGAUAUGGUACAUUAGGAAUAGCAAAGCACAAUCCCUUUGCAAGGCUGUGAGCCUGGGUGCGUUAACAUCAUGUACAAUGGAAACUCCUCCUUCUGAUGCUGAUGAUUUAGUUUUCAUCAUGGAAGGGACAUGACUCUUCACUCUUCAGUUAUCACCAAAGAAACUGUUGGGACCAUUUGUUUUGUUC